GAACGGGCAGCGCAGAGGCCUUCGGGAAACUGGAAGUUAAGGUUAUAUACCCAAUUCUCCCACACCCCUCCAUUUCCAAACAUGUUCCCGCCUAGGCUUCUUAGCUGGCAAUGGAACUUCCUGCGCCCAGCACCUCAAGCAUCGAGACAAGGCUGGGAAAAAAUGGAGGCUCUUCACCACAUGGACUCAUUGGAGUUGCAUUGCUGCCUCUAUAGGGAUCCUGGAGUCCCAGGGAUGCCCUUUGAGCGGGACAGACUCCCAGCCCAGGAGGCGUUGAGGUUCAAGGAUGUGGCUGUGGACUUCACCCGGGAGGAAUGGCACCUCUUGUCCCCUUCUCAGAAGAAGCUCUACAAGGAGGUGAUGCUGGAGAAUGCCAGGAACCUGCUCUCAGUGGAAGGAGAGACCAGACCUGAAAUGAAGGUGAAUCCAACAGAAAUGAGCCCUUCUGUGGAAGAAAUGGAUGUACAAAGAUUCAUGAGUGAUGGUCCCGAUAACUUUGCUUUCAAAAAAUUCUUUGUUGCACCUCAACAUUCAUCUCGUAUUGAACAUCAAAGAACACACACUGAGGAAAAAUCUAGUGAAACUAAUCAGUCCCAAAAGAUUUUUAUGCACAGGGCCAGCCUUGCUGGACAUCAAAGGAUCCACCCUGGAGAGAAACCUUAUGAAUGCAACCAAUGUGGAAAGACAUUCACAAAUAACUCCCAUCUUGCUGUACAUCAGAGAAUCCACACUGGGGAGAAACCUUAUGAAUGCAACCAAUGUGGAAAGACAUUCACAAAUAACUCCCGUCUUGCUGUACAUCAGAAAAUCCACACUGGUGAGAAACCAUAUGAAUGCAAACAAUGUGGAAAGACAUUCAAUCGGAGGGACAAUCUUGUUAUACAUCAGAGAAUCCACAUUGGGGAGAAACCUUAUGAAUGCAACCAAUGUAGAAAGACAUUCAGUCGGAAGGACAAUCUUGCUGUACAUCAGAGAAUCCAUACUGGGGAGAAACCUUAUGAAUGCAAGCAGUGUGGAAAGACAUUCAAUCAGUGCUCCAGGCUUGUUUACCAUCAGAGAAUGCACACUGGGGAGAAACCAUAUGAAUGCAAGCAAUGUGGAAAGACAUUCAGUCUGAGCUCUAAGCUUGUUAUACACCAGAGAAUCCACAUUGGAGAGAAACCUUAUGAAUGCAACCAAUGUAGAAAGACAUUCUGUCGGAGGGACAAUCUUGCUGUACAUCAGAGAACCCAUACUGGGGAGAAACCUUAUGAAUGCAAGCAGUGUGGAAAGACAUUCACUCGGAGCUCCAAUCUUGCUUACCAUCAGAUAAUGCACACUGGGGAGAAACCUUAUGAAUGUAAGCAAUGUGGAAAGACAUUCAGUCUGAGCUCUAAGCUUGUUAUACACCAGAGAAUCCAUACUGGAGAGAAACCUUAUGAAUGUAUGCAAUGUAGAAAGACAUUCAAUCUGAACUCUGAGCUUGUUAUACAUCAGAGAAUCCACACUGGGGAGAAACUUUAUGAAUGCAACCAAUGUAGAAAGACAUUUAGUCGGAGGGACAAUCUUGCUGUACAUCAGAGAAUCCAUACUGGGGAGAAACCUUAUGAAUGUAAGCAGUGUGGAAAGACAUUCAGUUGGAGCUCUAGUCUUUCUGACCAUCAGAGAAUGCACACUGGGGAGAAACCAUAAGAAUGCAACCAAUGUAGAAAGACAUUCAGUAUGAGUUCUAGUCUUGCUGUACAUCAGAAAAUCCACACUGGGGAGAAACCUUAUGAAUGCAACCAAUAUGGAAAGGCAUUCAGUCAGAGAGAUAGUCUUGUUAUACAUCAGAGAAUCCACACUGGGGAGAAACCUUAUGAAUGCAAGCGUUGUGGAAAGACAUUCAGCCAGAGCUCUAAUCUUGCUGUGCAUCAGAGAAUCCACACUGGGAAGAAACCUUAUGAAUGUGAGCAUUAUGGAAAGACAUUCAACCAGAUCUCUAAUCUUGCUGUGCAUCAGAGAAUCUAUACUGGGGAGGAACCUUAACAAAACCUAUAUGGAAAGAUGUUUACACGCAGCUCCAAUAUUGCUAUUGUGUAAAGGAAAUUUACCCUCCCCCCCCCCUUGCUGGAGCAGCAUUGUGUAAUUAAAAAGCUGUUACCCUAAAAACUUAUGAUUCCCAGUAUCCCACUCUUCCUGGCAUUAUGUGCUGACAUAGACAGUAUAAAAAUUUGGUAGAGCCCUACCUCUUGCUCUCUUCUCUUCCUGUGAGGGCAGCUGAGAACACCAGGAUUUUUGAGCAGGUAGAAAAACUUAGUCACAUGGUUCUAUUUUAGAGAAUAAACUUUAGAAAACCAUGAUCAUUGAAGUAUUGGACAUUAAUUAACAUCUUGUACAUUUUUUUAAAACACUUUCCUUCCAUCUUCGAAUCAAUACUGUGUAUUGGUUCCACGUCAGGAGAGUGGUAAGGGCUAGGCACUGGAGGUUAAGUGACUUGCCCAAAAACACACAGCUGGGAAGUGUCUGAGGCCAGAUUUGAACCUAGGACCUCCCAUCUCUAGGCCUGGCUCUCAAUUCACUGAGCUACCCAGUUGCCCCCAAAUCUUACAAAUUUUAAAACAAUCAGCAAAUAUAUGUAAUAGGUCAUAGGUAUCAAAUUCAAGGGUUCUUUUCUUCAACUCCAGUAGCUGCAUACUUCUUCACUAUUUGGAGGGGAAUGAAUUGAUACAGUUAGCAACGGAGUCGGAAAAGCUGAAAAUUCACCUCCAGACUCUUUAAGGUUCCUUCCCCUCCCCAGUAUCAUCAUCCAUCUAGAUUCCUUUGGUAACACCUCUGGGAUCUCCCAAAGUGAGGGAGAAUUCUUUUUUUUUUUUGAUCCAAGUCUUCAUUUUGUUUUUAGUUUUUAAUUAUAAUUUAAUUUAAACAAAAUUAAAUUAUUUAGAAUAUUUUUCCAUGGUUACAAGACUCAUGUUCUUUCCCUUCCCUUCCCCUCACCCUCUUCCCGUAUCUGACGCACAAUUCCACUAGGUUUAACAUGUGUCAUUGAUCAAGACCCAUUUUCAUAUUCUUAAUAUUUUCACUAGGGUGAUCAUUUAGUCUACUUUCCCAAUCAUAUCCCAUCAAUCAAUGUGAUCAAUCAGUUGUUUUUCUUCUAUAUUUCUUUUCUCACAGUUCUUCCUCUGAUUGUGGAUAGUGUUCUUUCUCAUAUGUCUCUUCUGAUAGUUCUGGAUCACUGCAUUGCUACUAGCAGAGAAGUCCUUUACAUUUGAUUUUACCACAAUGUAUCAGUCUCUAUGUACAAUGAUCUCCUGGUUCUGCUCUUUUCACUCUGCAUCAAUUCCUUGGAAUUCCUCCAGUUUAUUAUUCCUUUGAGCACAAUAGUAUUCCAUCACCAGUAUAUACCACAAUUUGCUCAAUCAUUCCCCAAUUGGAGGGCAUCCCCUCAUUUUCCAGGUUUUUUUUGCCACCACAAACAGCUCGGAUAAGAAUAUUGUUGUAUAAAUCUUUUUCCUUAUUAUUUCUUUGGGGUACAAGCCCAUCAGUGCUAUGACUGGAUCAAAGGGCAGCAGUCUUUUAGCACUCUUUGGACAUAGUUCCAAAUUCCUUCCAGAAUGGUUGGAUCAAUUCACACUGCCACCAGCAAUGCAUUAAUGUCUCAAUUUUGCCACAUCCCCUCCAACAUACUUUCCUUUGCUUUCAUGUUAGCCAGUCAACUAGGUGUGAAGUGAUACCUCAGUUUUUUUGAUUUGCAUUUCUCUGAUUAUAAGAGAUUUAGAAUAUUUUUAUGUGCUUACUAAUACUUUUGAUGUCUUUAUCUGAAAACUGCUUAUUCAUGUCCCUUGCCCAUUUAUCAAUUUAGGAAUGGCUUUAUUUUUUUGUACAAUUGAUUUAGUUCCUCUUUAAUUUGAAAGAUUAGACCUUUGUCAGAGGUUUUUGUUAUGAAGACUGUUUCCCAAUUUGUUGCUUCCCUUCUAAUUUUAAUUAUGUUGGUUUUCUUUGUACAAAACCUUUUUAAUGUACUCAAAAUUAUUUAUUUUGCAUUUUGUAAUUUUUUCUAAUUUUUGCUUGGUCUUAAAAUCUUUCCUUUCCCAAAGAUCUGACAAGUAUACUAUUCUGUGUUCACCUAAUUUACUUAGUUUUUCCUUCUUUACAUUCAUGUCGUUCACCCAUUCUGAGUUUAUCUUGGUGUAGAGUGUGAGAUGUUGAUCUAAACAUUAUCUCUCCCAUACUGUUUUCCAAUUUUCUCAGCAGUUUUUGUCAAAUGUGGAUUUUUGUCCCAAAAGUUGGGAGGACCAGAGAAUUCUGCACUGAGCAUAGUGUGGAGGAAUCUCAUUUUGGAUGUGUUGUAGACUGGGCAGGCCAAAAUGGCAAGGUGGUGUAGGGAGAUUAAUAUCCCCCCUGAAUCUCAGGUUUAUUCAAACUAAUUGCUAGGACCAUUGUACCCAGGAAUAGAAGCUGUUUGAGACAGGUAAUGCAACAUUCUUUCAUAGAGUGGGCAAUGCUUGCAAUUCUAUUUCCUGUCUGUCGUUUGGAAGAGUAACCUUCCUUCCCCUCCCCUCUAGGGGUAAAAUGCCAGAGGCCAGGUGCUUCUACAAAGCUGCUUUCAGGACAUGUGGCUGGAGGCCAAAGAAAAGUUUAAGCUGCUACCAUGCUUGAGACCCACAUGGGAGCUCAGAUAAAGGAAAGAUCAGACUUUGGGGAGCAAAAUAGAGCUAAACUUUGUUAAUUUCAGCUCAAUUAUCAAUACUUCCUAAUAACAAAAGGCUGAACUGAAAUCACUUCCUCCAGUGCUCUGGAAUUUUAAGUUGGAGGUAGAAUAUUAUUGGAGGACCUGGGUUGCUUCCUCCAAGUGAAAGAAGUCAGGAGGGUUAGAGGCUAAUUUUUGCUUAAAAAAACACACACAUACCUGGCUUACCAGGUCACAUCAAGCAAUGGCUAUCCAGCUGCUGUUAAUGUAAGGGAAAGAGUUAUUUAUACUUUCCCAUCUUCUGGAGAGUGACUCCAAGUAUUCCCAGAUUGGCAGCAGCAGCAAUGGCAGCAGCUGCAGAAGGAACAGGACUCCAGGCAGUAAGGGAGGGAGGCAGGAUCUACAGUAGCAGCAUCUCAGGAGAACUCUGAAGUCCCCGAGUUGGGGGAAUCAGUGCAAGGCCAUGGCAGGAGAAACAUGGUUUCUUUUCAAACUAAUCAGAGAAUUAAUGGUUCUGAACUUCACUUGUGUGGUUGUCAUAAAUGUAAGAUUUAAGUUAAUAUAUAAUACUUGAAUUAUUCUAUUUUUAUAAAGUCUAUUAUCUAACAAAAUAGAACCAUUUGACUAAGUCUUUCUACCUGCUCAAAAAUCCCUAAGUUCAUAGCUCCCCUCACAGGAAAAGAAGCGAAUGAAAGGUGAGCCUACACUAAAUUUAUAUCCUGUCUAUGUCAGCACAUAAUGAUAGAAAGAGAGUGGGGUGCUGGGAAUUGUAGGUUUUUAGGGUAACAUAGUCUAAUUACAUAGCAUACCUGGUGUGAGCCUAAAGUUGACAAAAAGGUGAGGAUUGCAUGAUGGAAGCCAUUGAGCGAGAAUAGAAUGGCAGCAGGAAAAAAGGCAGCAAUAGAGUGGAGAAAUCAUGAGAUGAGCACAGGGUGAUGUCCCUUGCACUGCCCCCUGGACUACCCCACAGGUUGGCCCAGGCAAAAUAGCUACGGUUGCCUCCUGAGACAAGAUAUGUGAGAGUUAGUGAGUGGAGAAAAUAUUUGAUAAACUGAGGCAAAAGUGGGUAUCCAACCUCUUCUCUUUCAGUUUUGUUGAUGGCUGAACUUCCCUGUGAGCAUGGCUAGUGUAUCCACAGAAGAGCAAGCUAAAUGGAGCAGUGAAGAAAGUAUAUCUCUCUCCUGUCUUUACAUCUUUUCCCCCUACUACUUUAGGUUAAAUAUAAUUAAUUUAGAGACAGUCUCCUAAUUUUCCCUUAUAUCCAUCACAGAAACCACAGACAUUCACACUGAGCUCUCACCUUGUUCAAAAUCAGACAAUUCACUCUAGUAUGUCAUAAGCUCUCCUCAGAUUUAGUCCAAAUGGGCAUAUGAUUUAGACCUAACAUGUGAACCUAUAAGCAAAUUAAGGGAGUGUGGAAUAGUUUACUUUUCAGAUCGAUUUAUUGAUAUGGGAAGAAUUUAUGACCAAAUAAGAAAUGGAUAACAUUAGGUGUAAAAUAGGUCAUUUUUAUUACAUUAAGUUCAAAACUGUUUGUAAAAACAAAACUAAUGCAACCAAGAUUAAAAGUGGAAACAAAGUUAUCGUUUGUUUUACAACUAUGUGUCCAAUUAAAUACUUCAGUUUUUAAAAAUUCUAA